AUGGUGGCAUGAUGACUGUGGCAUGGAUGGCGUUUACUCCGUGCCCCAUCAAACUGCUGCUGCUUUGUGCUGCACUCUGCUUCCUAAAUGUUCGUUGCUUCAGCAGUGGAACAGAAUCCCUUGGGCUGAUCAGCACCAGCAGCAGACAGGCCCGGUCUGCACGCGACCCACCCCAGCCCCGCGACUGCGUGCUCUCCCCUUGGUCCUCGUGGAGCAAAUGUGAUCCCUGCCAGAAGAAAAGGUACAGAUUUGCCCGCCUGGAACAACCUUCUCAGUUCAAUGGAGAGCCGUGUGAUUACGCCGACAACGAAAGCGAAGACUGCGUUACCAAUAAUCCUUGCAGAAAUAAAGUCAGAUGUGAAGGUUUUGUGUGUGCAGUUACAGGGAGAUGCAUUGCACGGAGGCUGCUUUGUAAUGGAGAUGAUGACUGUGGAGACCAGUCAGAUGAAAAGAAUUGCAAAAAAGUGUUUAGAAAAUGUGACCAGAAGAUGGAGCAAUACUGGGGAAUAGAGAAUCUGGCAAAAGGGUUAAAUAUCAUCACAAAAAACUUGGAAGGAUUAGUUCUUGAUCACAGGUACUAUGCUGGGGGAUGUUCUCCCCAUUACAUUGCGGACAUGAGAUUCAGAAAACCAUACAAUGUAGAAAGCUAUACACCAGAGACCAAAGGCAAAUAUGAAUUUACAAUGACUGAAUAUGACUCCUACUCAAAUUAUGAAAGCAGUGUCCUGAAGGCAGAAGCUUCGCAGUCAAGCUUCAGCAUUGGUAUAAGCAUACCCAGUCUGUUUGAAAUUGGUUACAACAAUAACGACAACAGGUUCAAGAAGUUCAUUCAAAGGAUGAAAAGAUUUUCUUCAACAUCCAGCAAAUUCCUCCACGCCCGUUCUGAGCUGACCGUGGCUGUUUAUAAGCUGAAGACCAGAGCCCUGAUGCUGCAUUAUGAGUUUCUGCAGAGACUCCAUCAGCUCCCAUUGGAGUACAGCUAUGGGGAGUACAGAGAGCUGUACCGAGACUAUGGGACGCAUUACAUCACUGAGGCUACUGUUGGUGGCAUCUAUGAAUACACUUUAGUCCUGAACAGCAAUGAGCUCCAGAAGGCAGGUUUUUCUAUGAGCGACGUCCAGAAAUGCGCACAGCACGGCUUUAAAGUCGGUGGAACAAUUAAAGGUGUCUCUCUGAUUCUUGGAAUAAAUGUAGAAGGCUGUAAAUCCCUUUUAAAAGAGAUUGGAGACAGCACCUCCAAAAAGCAGUAUGUGGAAGACUUCAUCGCCCUUGUUCGUGGGGGAGCAAGUGAACACAUUACUGCAUUGGCUAACAAAGGCCUGCCGACAGCCUCGCUGAUGCAGGAGUGGGGGGAUGCUGUGCAGUACAACCCUGAGAUCAUAAAGCUGAAGGUACAGCCGCUGUAUCAGCUGGUGACUCCAGCUGACUUUGCUAAUGCAAUGACAAUAAAAGAAAAUCUGCGCCGGGCUCUUGAUGAGUUUCAGCUGGAGACCAGUUCCUGUCGCUGUGCCCCAUGCCAGGGCAAUGGGAUCCCAGUUUUGAAAGGAACACAGUGUGAGUGCAUCUGUCCCCUCAGCCACCGUGGCACAGCCUGUGAGACCCCCAGCAGGACAGAUGCUGCUAUUAAUGGAAACUGGGGUUGCUGGGCCAGCUGGUCUCCGUGCUCAGGAGGUCAACAAACAAGGAGGCGGCAGUGCAACAACCCGGCACCGCGGAAUGGUGGCACAUCGUGUUCAGGGCCAGAUGCUGAAACAGUUACUUGCUAGAGGGAAAACCAUUAAGAACUCGGUGUACGCAUAGUGACCAGCUUCCAAACUGAAUGGGAAGGUGUUACCUGACUACCUUGCUAAGUUGGCUUUGCUCUGCUUGUCUUAUCCCAGUGCAUUCAGAAGGCAUUGGUAGCAUCGUAGCUUUGGACGUGCUUUGCAGUUGUCCCAUGCUCUGAUUGUGCUUACUGUUCUCUAUAGUUUUUCUGUGUCUUUGUGGAAAAUAGGGACAAGCUGCAUCUCCUGCCUUAUUUGGUAGAGAUUGUUGCGUGAUUUUAAGUUCUGCCGCUUUAUUUUUGAAGGUUCCUUUGAGAUAAGACUGAUCUUACACCAGAAUAUGCACUCAUAUGCAGCUUCUGUGAAGACAGCUGUGUCACGUGGAGUGAAAUACAGCAUGUUAAAGUCUAAAUCUCAGCGAGCACCGUAGUAUCUAGUGUGACAUUCAAAGCCACUACCCCAGUUUCCCUAUUUAUGGUAUUUAACUUAAAUUGUCUGUCGUAUUAGAAGUUGUCUUGAAGGAGUGAAAACCAAAUUGCGAGGCGCAGUCUGGUGACAGGGAGGUAUUGUUAUGUAACUGCACAGCAGUGCUACUCUCACUGCGGAGACACGCUUCCUCCUGUGCGUUCAGAAGUAGAACAGGCACACUGGGUGCACCCUGAUGCACUCAGAUACUCUUUCCUUGGAGAGGUCAGGGAAGGACAAAGGGAUGCUACUGGGAUGGGGAAUGGGAAAGCAGCUGCUCCUUCUGCUGCUGCCUGGGGCUUUGGGAAGGCAGCAGAGAUGACUGCUUCUCAGGUUAGGUCAUCAGAGAUGGAGAGGGUUUGCUAUGAAAUGAGACAAAGCAAAAUGUGUGGUUUGCCCUUUGUUAGAGCAUCCCUAAAGCCAUGCAUCACAACCCAGGUUCUACAAAAGAGGAACUUAUGUCUCUGUGCACUGCUUUGUGAUUCAACUGAGAACAAACGAUCUGGGGACUUUCCUCCUGCAGCUUGUUUGGUAGUUAAUGAUUUUUACACAGACAUUUGUUGGGGCAUGCUAUAAAAUAACAAGAGAAGCUUUGCUUUGGGAAAACAGUGCAACCAGUGCACAGUCAUUUGUGAGUGUUGUGAGUCUCCUAACAUCAGCAAGGUCAAACACUUUUAGGAAGGCUUUUAAGGAUGCUGGUGCUGAUGGGUUGAUAUCACCAGUUUCUCUUCUUUCAGACUGAUGUUGUCUAAAUGCAAUUCUUGUAAGAACAUCUCAGGCUCUCUGACAUCUAAACAAUGGAACAUGCAUUUAGUUUUAGCCCUCAUGCCGCCUCCACGCUUAUCGACAAGGUUUGUGUGACAGCUUUAAGAAAGGAAGAGCACAUUGCAUAUGUGCAUAUGUAAAAGCAGCUCACUCUGUACUCAUAAUGGGCUACAUAUGUAAUUGGGCUGCCAACCCACAACAUUUCCUCAUCCACUGUGUAGCUGUUAUGCCUUUUGUGUGGUAGGAACUUGCCAAGUGGGUCAUGGUCGCUGCUAAUGCUAUCUGCAUUUUUCUUUGUGGUUUUUAAAGGAGCACUGUGGAAGCAGUGCAAUAGAGGAGCCCAGUCACCAGCUCGUGUUGGUUCAUGGGCACCUGCCUGUCAGAGCAUGCAGUGCUGCUGCUUCCCCUUCUGAUUGAGAAGCAGAUAAAUAGAGUGGUUUUUGUGAAUGUGACCCCUUUCCUGACCAUCACAGUGGAGAAAGCACUGUGAUCUGUGGUCAUGGUGCAUCUAUCUGCUGCUGCUGCAAGCAGAGCGAAAUACAGCAACCCAAAGCUGGCCCCCUAUCAGGAAAGCCCAGAUUUUUUGAAGUGGAAAUGCUUGAGUUUGUAUAUUUGGAUUUGGGUUGGGGGUUUUUUGGAGGAAGAAAGACUUGGCAGUCUUCAUGAUGAGCAGGACAGCCUACCUGGUGUAUCAUUUCAGUAGCAGUUGCAUAUUGAACCUAUAGGCUCUAGGAGCCUCCCCUAAAGGACAUAACUUUAUCUUGUCCUUGUGAUUUUGUGCUUUGAUUUAACUAGCUAACAAUUUACGAUGACCUGGAGGGUAAUAAAAAAUUCUGUACUGAAGGUUUUAUUGUUUCAUUUUGAUAUGCAUUAAAUUUUGGUACUAUCUUUUACUGGGGUUUCUCACUUCCACUUUCCGUGCAAGUUGACAUUAAUAACCCAGGUAUGAAAACAAGAAGGCUGCAGACACAACACGUGCAUGUUCUCUGCUGGUUAAGCCCAUUUUCCUGGCUAAGACUCUUGUCUCAAUGGGCUUUAUUGAAUUUCAUAUUGUAUUCCUGCCCUGGGUUUCUUUAUGUUGGAACUAGAUGAUUUAAAGAUCCAUUCCAACCCAAACUAUUCUAAGACUGUAUGAUUCCUUAAACCUGUUGUAGUUCUGUAUCAUUGCUUUUGUCGCCUGUGUGUCAGCACAGGUGCCAUACUGACUGGUUGCCACAGCUAUUGCUAUUUGCAUGCUAAAAAUAAACUCAA